UCAAAAUGGCGGCAAGACGAAGGAGUGUAGGGACUUGACAAUUCGUAUAUAUGCUCUCUAAUUACGUUAGUUAUGACGAGUUUUUCUCUUAAAUCGAUGCUUCUUUUACGCUACCCCUGCGUAAAAUGUCGGUUUAAAACCUUAAGAGCGCUUUCUGAAAGUGCUCCAAAGCUUUUCCCGGAGGUGAAUAUGUUCUCAUGCGACCAAGAGAAGCUUGUUUUGGAGAAAAUAAACGAGGGAAGCCUUGAUGAUUUUUCUAACACAAAAGGCAUUGGACCUACACGCGGAAAAACGAUUGUUGAUCAUCGUAUGAAACAUGGACCUUUCCAAACACUGGCUGAUUUGGCAGCUGUUAAGGGAAUUGGGAGAGCUUUUUUUAAGAACUUACUUGAAGUGGACGGUGUUUUGCAAGUUCAAAAGAAGAGGCAUAAAUUGUCAAACCUGUUAACACCGCAACAGAAGAAGACAAUAUCUAGCCUCGUAUCGAUAGAUAUCGGCCUUAGCAACGCAGCCUAUGUUCAUGUUGAUCGGAAUAAACGAAUUCUGGAUUGGAAAAGAAUUUCCGUACCAGUUCCAAAGCCAUACAGUCCUGUGAACUGUAAAAAGUCUGUACAACAAGUUGUAUCCAGCUUGCCUGACGCAGAAUUGUACAUCGUUGAACUACAAAGUCACAGAGCAUCACAUGCGGACCCUGUAAUGUUCCCAUUUGUCCUCCACCUUCGCAUCGUUGAGGCGAUGAUUCAUUGUCUUCUUCAAGAUAAACUUGUCUUUGACGUGAGCCCUUUGAUAACGGCCAGGUAUUUUGGCCUGCCGACAGGUCUGAGAAAAAAAAAGGCAGCAGUUGAUUUGAUCUCAUUUAUGAUACAAAAAACUGAGAAUAUGCAACUUCUCAAAGAAUCCCCUGAAACCUUUUUAGAGAAAAUAACAAGUUUGAAAGGAAGUAAAGAGAUUGUAGGCUCGAUUUUGGCCUCGUCGUCGGUCAAGGAAAAUCUUUUUGAUAAGAAAUGGCAGGCAGACAUACCAGAGAUGUACUUGAAGUAUUUUAUGACAGAGAAAAAGAAAGAUGACCUCAGUGAUUGUCUUUUGCAAGCCUUAGCCUUUUUAGAUCUUGCCUUCCAAGAAUAAGACAGCUGUGUGAUACUGUAACUUAUUUUUGUCUAUCUAACACAGAGAAAGCCCUGCCUACGAACGCUCUGUUAUAUGCCUUCAAUAUAAUGAUUUUGCACUCGAUUUUGUAAUGAAAAAUACAGGAGAACAAGGCUUAGUCGGCUUUCUUCACUUGAAAAAGUGGAGCAAACUUGUUAAUUAUUAUACUAUUCACUACUACUCACGUUAUAAAUUCAAAUAAACAAUGUUUUUAAAGACAGAAGACAGAAAAGGACAAAGAUUCCUAUAUGUUAUUUAGUUUUCACAAUUUCACUGACGAAGCUCGUUGGUUGCCUGACUUUCACUGUAAACUGUUUGUUUCAAGCAAAGUCAAAGAAUUAGGCAAGCUUCCAAAAAUGUCAAUCGUCACCUCUCGUAUAUUUCAAAUUAGUUUUUUUAGCACUUUUGACAUUGCGUAUUUAGUCAAGGAGGUAAAUGUUUAUUA